GUAUUGCUGGUUUAACAGGAAGUUUUGCCUGAGAGGUACAAAUCAGGGUAAAAACCUCGCAUGAAACUCGCGAGAGGCCAACUGUGUCCGGUGGCAAAACAAACAGCCUGGGGCUUAAGGCUAGUUAAGCGAGGAGGAUCAUACCCGGGCGAAGGGCCACCUGAGACGUUAUCAAGACGUCGGUUUCACCCAAACAGACUUCCUUCUCACCAGCACCGCCUCCACCAUGACUGCUGCUGUUAGAGAUUCUGCUAGUGUGCCUGUCCGAGGUCCUGGCGAUGGCAUGGAAACUGAAAAACCGCCAGCCAUCCUGGAGGUUAACACAGAUACACUUCCACCAGGUCCAUCUGAAGUUCCCCUCUUGAAAGUAGCUAGCCCAAAGCACAGCCCCAAAUCUACCCAUCCAGCACCUCCUGCCGCCCCCCAGCCGCUCGGCGUGCUCCACCUUGGGAAAGUAAGUCGAGAGGCCUGCACAGAGGUGGAGGCUGUGAGGAUCAUGGUCCCACGUGCCGCUAUUAGCCGGAGCAGCCGCACAGGAGCCACUGAAGCAAAAGGGGAGACCGGGCAACAGGCUGAGGAGCAGGGGUCUCCUUCGCUGCCUUUGGUGGAGGACUGGAGAGGACAGCUGGUGAAGCUGCAGAACUCUGAGCGCAGGCUGCUGCAGGACAAAGAAGGCCUGUCCAAUCAGCUCCGUGUGCAAACAGAGGUGAACCGUGAGCUAAAGAAGCUGCUGGUGGCGUCAGUGGGCGACGACCUUCAGUACCACUUUGAGCGCCUGUCACGGGAGAAAAACCAGCUGAUUUUGGAGAACGAGGCUCUGGGGAGGAGUCUGGCACACACUGCAGAGCAACUAGAGCGAAUGAGUAUCCAGUGUGACGUUUGGAGGAGCAAGUUCCUGGCCAGCAGAGUCAUGGCAGAGGAACUGACAAAUGCCAGAGCAGCUCUGCAGAGACAGACCAGAGAGGCACAAGGAGCAAUUCAGGACCUGCUGUUGGAGAGAGAGGAGUUCUCCAGGGAUAUGAUGCUCACCCACAGAUCUCUGGAGCAGCUCCUGGUGUCUCUGCAGUGGGGCAGACAACAGACGUACUAUCCCAGCUCACAACCCCUAAGCACAGGAGAGCUGGCGGUGUCCAAUCACAAGCUAGCAGACGCCAUCAACGCCCACCUGCUGGGUAACAGCGGCGGCAACAGCACCAAUGCCGCAAAAAGCAGCAGCGCAGCAGCUGAGCAGCUCUGCAGCACACCGGCUGAGAAGAUGGCCGAGAAGGUGCUGAAGAGUUUAGAUCCCAUUUCCUGCUCCAAAAACAAGGCUGAGUCUCCUCUCAGUGACUCCGCCCCCUCAAACUUCCUCAAUAGUAAGAAGAGCAUCGGCAGGUUUCACCCUUACACCCGCUACGAGAACAUUACUUUUAACUGUUGUGAGCGCUGUACAGGAGACAUCCUGGUGCUGUAGAGGUCACAGAGACUACCACAAACAUCGAUGCAGCUUAUUUCAAAGGACUGAGUGUAGUUUGAGGGUUACUGGAGCUUUGUGUUUAGUUGGAACAGCAGCAGACAGUUGCUGCUCUCCUGGUUGUGGUUUUACCCUGACUGUUAUUUUUACAUUUCAGAUGAUGGUCGGAAUAUAUAUGGCUCUACUGUUUAUUUUGUUACUUUUAUUUGCUCUUUAACUGAAUUCAGGAAUCGUAACGCAAUGAUUGGACUGUCACUGGGAUGUGACAUCAAGGUGAGUCAGUGUUAUGUGUUGAACAGAGAUGCACACAUGCACGCUGGAAGCAAUUCACAGCAGCGUGAUGAUCGGUGACUAUAGUCACUGGCAAUGGACAUGGGCAGAACCUAAGAUCAGUUUUUCCCCGACUUCCAGGCCAGCGACUAAAGUGACUACCAGUAAGAGUGAUUGACUUAUUAUUUGAAAGUACAGGCAUUUGGAGGUUACCUAGGCAACUGGAGCAGAGAAUAUAUUCAUUAAAAAAAAGAAAGUAGAAAUGUGGAGAUUAUAGUUGUUUCAAGCCAAACAGCUGGCACGGCUGCGAUACCUUCUACAGAAGUCCUUGUGUAGAUGAGUUAGUGAAACAACUUGAUCAGCUGUCGCUGUCUUAAUGUAUGUUGUGACACAACACUUAACUACAUUAUUGCACCUGGUUAUAACCAUUGGAUAUGCUUGCAUCUGGCCAUUGCCAGCCACUUUGGUUUGCAGAAAUUCAGCCAACUCUUCCAAGUUUGUGCUUUUCUUCCUUCUGAUCAGAUGCAAUGUUCUGCACCAUCCUCAUAUUUAUCACCACACUGCGUUUAUGUAGUAACAGAAAUCAUUGCCUUAUUACUGAAUGCAAUUCUGAAGUAACUCAUCUACACAAGGCAUUUUUAGAAGGUUUUAAUUGCCACAUUUUGACUUCACUCCCAAAAUGAUCAAAAACCUUUUUUUUCUUAAUGUGGCACUAUUACUCCUUCGCAGCCUCCAGUCUUUAGUGUGUUUGAGGGUGUGCUGAGUUUUAUUUUACAUAUUCCAGCUGUAAGCUUGAUCCUGAGACUUGACAGUAUGUUGUGUAAAUACCCUCCAGUGAGCUGCUUCCACUGUGAUUAUAUAUAAAGUGAGUCAGGGUCCCUCCUAUACUGCAGGAGCCACACUUCCUUUGUAUAAUGGUGCUACCAUAUUGAGGAAAACACUGUAUUAAUAUAUUUUGUUGAUAUAUUUUGUGUAUUUCAUGAUGUAAAUGCAUUAAUAUACAUUUAGUGUUUUGGAAGUGGACAGAUGGUACUACAGAGCAAAAAUGACUUUGACUCUUUUUUCUCUCUUCAUUUAAUCAUGUCGUUUUUGUUUUGUGUCUAUUAAUAUUUAAAAAGAAAUGUAUAAGGGCUGUAUUUUUGCUUCAAAACACAUUACGAUAAAACAACUGGUAAUCGAUUGAAAAUAUGUAAUUAAAACUGAGCUGUUUCUUUCAUCUCUUUUGGAAACGGCUGCUCUUUGCAGUAAUAGUGAUGGUUUCAUCUGCAGUGAAUGCACAACAUCCUUUGUUUUUCUAAAAUAAAGACCAAAGUAGUUUCUACUUUUCUAAAAUG